AUGGUAGAACAGAUGCAAAUGCAAUUAAAGGGGGUCCUUAAGGGCCAUAAUGGUUGGGUGACUCAAAUCGCGACAAAUGCCCGUCACCCAAACAUGAUAAUUUCUUCAUCACGAGAUAAAACUAUCAUCGUGUGGAAGUUGGAUGGAGAGGAUUCAUCCUUAAUCAGCGGCACGCAGUCAUGGGGCAAGCCAGAAAGAGCAUUGAAGGGACAUGGCCACUUUGUUUCAGACGUUGUGAUGUCAUCAGACGGGCAGUUUGCUCUUUCUGGUUCAUGGGACAAAACUUUGAGGCUUUGGGAUCUGAACACCGGUGAAACAUCCAGGCAGUUUGUUUCUCAUACUAAGGAUGUUCUGUCCGUCGCUUUUUCUGCAGAUAAUCGACAGAUCGUGUCAGGCUCCAGGGAUAAGACAAUCAAACUGUGGAAUACGCUUGCACAAUGUAAAUAUACUAUCGGGGAGGACUGUCAUACUGAUUGGGUGUCAACAGUUCGAUUUUCGCCUUCCAGUUCUAACCCAGUAAUUGUUUCUGCUGGAUGGGACAAAAUAGUCAAAGUGUGGAAUUUGGCAAACUGUAAACUGAAAACUAAUCACGUUGGUCACACUGGUUACAUCAAUACUGUUACUGUUUCACCUGACGGGUCGCUCUGCGCCUCUGGUGGCAAGGACGGUAAUGCAAUGCUUUGGGAUUUGAACGAAGGAAAGCAUUUAUAUACUUUGAGUGGAAAUGACGUUAUUAAUGCUUUGGCGUUCUCACCAAACCGUUAUUGGUUAUGUGCAGCUGUAGGAUCUGUGGUUAAGAUUUGGGAUCUAGAGGAUAAAAAACCAACUUUAUAUGCUGGUUAUACAGAUAAUAUAAUUCGUGUGUGGCAGGUUUCUGUUGCACAGGCUAGAAUAUAA